UUGAUGGUGGCGGCUGCAGGGCUGCUGUUGCUGUUGUGCGCCUGCACAAUUGCAUGCGCUACUGGAUCCACGCAUUCAUCCAGCUUCCUAUCGCAGCCAUCUCCCGCUGUGCGUCGGUCUGUCCGCGAGCGCAUCUUCCGUACCGUGAGGCUCCAGCAGCCGCAGCAACUCGACUAUGUGGCCGAGGGCAAACAGCACCUUCAACAGCAACAGCAGCCUCAGUUCGGUGUGAGUGUGGAGCACCGCCAUGCAGCGCAGCCGCAUCAGCAGCACUACCAGACGGACUGGCUGCAGCAGUGGUACCCCAUCGCCGUCGAGAAAUUCACUGACAGAAGGGUCAGAUACACACCCCACACACGCGAUGAGAACGGGCAAGUGGUUUAUGCAGUCAGUGGCUGGGUGUCUCUGUCUGUCUGUCUGUCUGUGUGUCUGUCUGUCUGUCUGUGUGUGCAGGUUCCUCACGCCAUGAAUAUCAUCGGCCGUCCGUUUGCGUUUUGGUGGGACGACCAGCAGGAGGCGUGGCACGCCAUGAAGGACGUCUGCCCACACAGACUGGCGCCGCUGUCUGAAGGAAGAGUCACCGACGAGGGACACAUCGAGUGUCCAUACCACGGAUGGCAAUUCGAUGGCGAGAGCGGUGCCUGCACUGUCGUGCCGCAGAAGGAGGGCCCGCCAGACUCACGCUGCAACGGGAAGGCCUUUCCUUGCGUCGCUAAACAGGUCAGUCAGGGAACCAGGCAGCAGACAGAGGCAGGGCGAUGCAGUUAGGCAUCCACACUGACGGAUGGAUUACCAGUGUUUCCUGUCCUGUGUGACCACCAGGGCCUGAUAUGGGUGUGGCCGACAGCCAAGGGUGAGGGCACGGUGCAGCCGGCCGAGUCGCUGAUCCCGACCCUGAAGAUCUACGAGGACCCUGAUGUUGUCUCGCUCGACAUGUCACGCGACCUGCCCUACGACUACAGCACGCUGCUCGAGAACGUCCUCGACUCUGCACACAUCCCCUUCACACACCACAAGACGAUCGGCAAGAGGGAGAGGGCCGUGCCGAUCCCACUGAAGCUCGACGGCCAUCUCGACCCUGUCCACGGCUUCUCGGGCAGCUGGACGUCCGCACCACCUCUCAUGACAGGCGGGGGCAAGACCAAGGAGGGGGUGUACCGUCGGUCGACGCGGUUCGUGCCGCCAGUGCUCAUGUACCACCGGCUGGAGGACUCGGCAGAGAAUGCCACCAUGUGGACGGUGGUGUACGCCGUGCCCACUUCGCCCGGCAGGAGCAGAAUAAUCGCGAGAUUCCCGUUCCGCUUUGGAGAGGGGUCGAAACCGAUGGCAAAGUUUGUGACGUGAGCAGAGCAAGCCAGGCACACACAUGACAUGCUGCGCCGCGCCCCUGACAGCAGUGCAGUGUCCUGAUCUGGUGUGUAUGUAUGCAGCUUCAUGCUGCGGUUCGUCCCGGAUUGGCUGCAGCACAUCAACCAGAACCUGGUCAUGGACGACGACGCCAUCUUUCUCUACCUGCAGGAGCACCGCAUCUCGUCUGAGGGCGAUGGAACCACCCUCCCGCAACUCUAUCAUAUGCCGUCUGCCUCUGACACGUACGUGGCCCACUUCAGAAAGUGGCUCAAGAAAUACGGCGGAGGGGGCCCGCCAUGGCUUGAGACGUUCGGGCGGCGCUGACAGCCUCUCAUGGACGGCGUGAGUGCGAUCAGCAGGGCGGGGUGCAUCGACCGGUACCACCAGCACACCAUCCACUGCUCCUCCUGCAGCGAGGCACUCACAAACAUCAAGUGGGUCAAAGAGAAUGCCAUGGCUGUGUGAGGGAGGGGCUGGCUCACUGUUAUCUGUGUGGUCUGAGUGCACUGCAGGCGUGUUCAGAAGUGGGCCAUCGGCGGUCUGAUAGCGGCGGCCGCGUAUCGUCAAAUCGCUCUCAUGGCUCUGGCCUUUGUGGUUAUCCAAGUGGCCCAGCAGCUGGAGCAAGGAUUGACGAAAGGUACCAACCAACACGCGCGCAGACGCACAGACACACGUACGUACGACACAGACGCAGCCGCCUGUGUCUGUCGUACGUGUGUGUCUCCAUUGCCCUUAUCAGGUCCUUACCCCCCUCCGCGCAACAUGCCUCUGCCUGACCGGCAUUUGAUGAAGAAGCGAGUGGACGGCGUGCAGGCGGUGCUGCGUCAGGCGCUGCUGGCCGUCAUGAUGCGCCUCGAGGGGCUGCUGAUACGCACCUCCAGAUGGGGCAAGUGAGCCGGAGCGGCAGGCAGGCAGGCAGGCAGCGCCACACACAUAUAUCAUAGAUAGGUAUGUGGAGGCAGAGAUAGUUGCACAAUCCGUCCGUAAUUGUAGAGUAUAGACAGACACUGGUCAUAACGCUGUGCUGUAUGAAUUUGUGUAUGUAUGUAUGUACGCAUGCAUGUUGUAACUAUUCAUCAUUCCGUAAUGAGCGGAGAGAUCCGAUCCAUGCCAUGCAUCGCAUCGUAAGCGGACGAGACGAGUGUGCAGGGGUGGCAGGCAGGUCAGGUCGGUUCAGUGUAUUUUUCCUGAUUGCUGUGCUGUGCGCGUAUGCAUGUGUGAUGUCAUGUAUUUUUCGCCACACACAACGUGUGGCAGGGCUGGCUGCUCGGCUGUCUGUCUGUGUAGUUGUUG